AUGAUACCUCUCAGAAGCAACUGAAAGGCUCCAAACAUGAAACUCUAUUGGCUUGUGAUCUGGGCUGGAACACUGUUUUUGAAUCCAGUCACUGCUGACUGCAACAUUACAUCCCAAACUGUUGCUUGUGAGGAGUCUGCAAAGAACCUCUUUACUAUCUCCCUCAACCUUUUUCAAAAUGUUACUAAAUUAAGCCUCAAAAACAAUAAAAUCACUUUAGAAGAUCAUGACAAAGAGAUUCUUGGACAUUUCAUUAACCUCAGUGAACUUCAUCUGAAUGAAAACAACAUUACUGUACUGAACAAUAACAGCUUCUACAAUCUGAAAAAUCUCAUAACUCUGGAUAUUAGCAACAAUUCUAUUAGUACAGUUCAUAAAGCAGCAUUUGCAGGAUUGAAUCAACUCUCAGUGUUGAAUCUAUCCUAUAACAUGAUUGCUCAACUGGAUUCAGAUAUAUUUACUUCUCUAGAAAGUCUGACAGUUUUAAAUCUACAGUAUAAUUUUCUGAAAUAUUUUCAUAUAAAAUCAUCUUUUAAACUGAUUAAAAUUGUUUUAGCUGGAAACCCAUGGAUCUGCUCCUGUGACCUCCUUGACUUACAGAUAUGGCUAACUGCCUCCAAUGUGACAUUGGAAAAUGACAGCAACACUACAUGUACAUUCCCAAACAUGGAAAAAAUCUCCAUCAAGAUGGCAGCUAUCCAACCAGCUGACUGCAAAAUUGAAAAGACUCUUUUAGAAAACACUGUAACUUCCACUCCUGCUGUUAAUCUUAGAAGUAGUGCCUUAACAGCUCUGACUCCAAACCACAUCACUGGAAACAAUGGAACUCAUGCAGAGUUACCAUUUGUUGGCAAAAGUUGGACCUUCCUAGCAGGUGUCCUAGGGUUUGUCCUAGGCACUACACUACUGAUUUUUACUGCUGUAAAAUGCCCAGCAUGGUAUCACUACUUGAUCAGCUACCGUCACUGUCGUCUGGAAGAAAAUGACUCAGAGAUGUUUGAACAGGAGUUCUCAGCUGACAUGAGUCCUUAUCCUUCAAUAGUGGGUACAAGCAGUAAAGAACCCAUUGUAGUUUUUGAGAAAGUUCAUGCAUAUGGAGAUGAAGAAGAUGGAUUUAUUGAGGAUAAAUACAUUGAUAUUUAUGUAAACGAGGAGCUUAAUGUCUUAAACAAUGGAUGUUGAACUGACAUUUCAAAAACG